CCGUGAAUCAUUAACGCCGAAUCCACUAAAAUUAGCAUUAUCGCAUUGAUCGCACAGAACUUUUUCGCUUGCACAUAGUUCGGCCGACCAGAGCGCGCAGCAGGAUGACCGCCAGGGUGAAUGACUUCCGCGAGAAGCUGGAGAAAACGCUGAGCGAGGAGGGCCGACCAUGGACGCCCAUUCUUGGCAAGGCAGAAGAGAAAACCGGCGUUAAGAGAAUCUACAUCGUCGCGGGUGUGUUUGCUCUCAUUGGCCUGUACCUGCUGUUUGGUUAUGGAGCACAGCUGCUGUGCAAUGUGAUCGGCUUUGUCUACCCAGCCAUCUGCUCCAUCAAGGCCCUUGAGACAAAGAACAAGGAGGACGACACCAAGUGGCUCACUUACUGGGUCGUCUUUGCCGUCUUCUCCAUCUUCGAGUUCUUCUCGGAUCUGCUCCUCAGCUGGUUCCCCUUCUACUACCUGGCUAAGUGCGUCUUCCUUGCCUGGUGCUUUAUUCCCUCUGAAUUCAAUGGCUCCUUGGUGGUCUACAAGCGCAUCAUCCGCCCUGUCUUCCUGAAGCACGAGGAGGAUGUCAACAAUGUGCUCAGCACGGCCACCCAAAAGUUGACCGAGCUUGCUGGAGACGCUGCCAAGUUGGCAACCGAUGCCGCCUUCAAGAAAUCCGAUUAAAGACAAGCACAGUUCAAUAAAUGCACACAAUUUUUAAAGUCAAAUUAGACUAUUCAUGCUAAUUAGUUGAUGAUCUCUUUCAUGAGCCAUAAAGACCUGUCUCGUUUUUUAACUUUUCAUGCGAUGGUCACAAAAGACAAUGCAGUGACCAAUCUGUGCCUCUCCGUCUUCUCAUUAAAACUUGUUUGUCUUUAUCGUUGAA